UAUAAUUUCCAAACAAGUAUUGUUUUUCGCUGCCCCAACAUUUCGAUUUUCGACUCGCAAAUGGCUUCUUUCUUCUGUUCGAGGGUCUUAGCGAGAAGGAGGUUGGUAGAGUCGAAGACAUCCUGGUGCUUCCAUAGAUCUCGAUACUUAGCAGCACCUGUCCAUGCUACGAAGAUCAUUGAGAGUAAUGCUAUUGGGUGUCCUACAGCUUCUUCUAGGUUUUCUUUUUGUUCUCGCCCUUUGAAUCUUGAUGACGCUCAAGGACCAGCUGUUGUAGAUUAUCGUUCUCUCCUUCAGGAAGAUGAAUUUCACAGGUUGGCCGAUGCCACAAUUCAUGACCUGCAAGAGAAAUUCGAGGAAUAUGGUGAUUGUAUUCAAAUUGAUGGUUUUGACAUAGAUUAUGGGAACCAAGUAUUAACAUUGAAGCUUGGGAGCUUGGGUACCUAUGUCUUGAACAAGCAGACGCCCAAUAGACAGAUCUGGUUGUCUUCUCCAGUGAGUGGCCCAUCUAGGUUUGACUGGGAUAGGAAUAGCCAAGCUUGGGUUUAUAGGCGAACUAAAGUAAGUUUGUAUCAGCUUCUACAAAGUGAAUUGGAACAACUGUGUGGUAAACCCAUCAGUCUUUCUUAGAUUCUUCCAUGUUCUACAUUACUAGCCACUACAGUAGCAAGAGCUCUAGAGGGUUUUUCUUGGAAAUAUGUUGGUAAUGUAUUUGAGAUUAGCAGGUUUGAGAUUUUUAUCUCUUUUAAUGAAUGAGUAGACUAUCACUCAAUUUCUGAUA